AUGCCAAACUAUGUGAAGUUUUUGAAGGAUAUUUUAACUAAGAAGAAGAUACAUGGAGAAUUUGAAACAGUGGCUUUGACUGAAGUUUGUAGUGCUAUAUUGAAGAAUAAAAUUCCUCCUAAAUUGAAAGACCCGGGCAGCUUUAUAAUUCCUUGUUCUAUUGGUGGUAGAGAUGUUGGUAGAGCACUUUGUGACUUGGGGUCUAGUAUCAAUUUGAUGCCCAUGUCGAUUUUCAAGAAGUUGGGAAUCGGAGAAGCAAGGCCAACCAUAGUCACUUUGCAAUUAGCAGAACGAUAUACGGCACAUUCGGAAGGCAAGACUGAAGAUGUACUUAUUCAAGUUGAUAAAUUCAUUUUUUUGGCUGACUUCAUUAUUCUUGAUUAUGAAGCAGGUAGAGAUGUUACAAUAAUUUUGGGAAGACCAUUUCUUGCCACCGGAAGGUCUUUGAUUGAUGUUUAA